ACAAGACCCGAACAAGUGGGACCGUUUGCGUCCUAUUCACAACUUUGGCACGACCAGCUCCAAAAUAUUUUAGAAUUUCUUAAAUUUACCUAAAAAUGGUCGGUUGGAGCCGUAUGCUGUCGCCGGCGGCAUCGUUCGCGAAGUACCGCGCCGUGCUGCAGACACCUGCCUGCCGAAAUGCCCUGCAGCAGCAGAUGCGCCGGAUGGGUGGCGAUCAUGGACACCACCACAUGACCAUCAAGCCCUCUCGCUUCCAGUGGGACAAGUUCAAGGAUCUGAUGCACUUUUACGUAAUGCUCGGAGUGGUGCCAGUGACUGCACUGGUGCUGUAUUCGAAUAUCUUUGUGGGUCCGGCGCAGCUGGCGGAGAUUCCCGAGGGCUACGUGCCCAAGCACUGGGAAUAUGAGAGGCACCCUAUCUCCCGCUUUAUUUCCCGCUAUAUCCUAAACUCGCAACAACAGAACUACGAGAAGUCUCUGCACUACCUCUUCGAGGAGAACGAGAAGGCACAGAUUCGACUCCUGGAGGACGAAGUGCGUCGCAAGAUGUCAGAGCGCAACGAUUACCAGGCCUACUACUACAGACCCUCGGUGGCCAAGUAUCACAGAGUAUCCAAAGAGGCUGCCGACGAGCUGGAGGCUCUGCGCGGAGACUAGAACCCUUGUAAUAUUCAGUUUUUGUUAGGCGGAAAUAAAUGUGGAUUUGAAUUCGCAA